CACCGCGUUUUGACGUGAGGGAAAGUGAAGCGACACGUAGCGCUGGCGUUUCGAGUGCCGAGCCGAGGAGCCGUCGCACGGGAAAACAAAAUAAAACCGAAUAAUAUCGAAGUACAGCAGCAGAAAGACUGACACACAUCGGGUAAAGGAAUUCUCGGCUCAGCAGAGAUCGAUUCAGUUCCAAGAUGAAUGUGUUUGAUCGCAACAUCAACUUUGAUGCCCUGUUUAAGUUCUCUCAAAUUUCCCGUUCUACCCAGCACCACUUGAAGAAUGUGUACUCCAGUCUGGCUGUGUGCAUGCUCGUGGCUGCUGCUGGGGCCUAUGUCCACGUGGUCACCCGACUCUUCCAGGGCGGGUUUGUAUCCCUGUUGGGCUCACUAGGCAUGAUGGCUUGGUUGGCCAUGACACCACACAACCCAGAAACAGAAAAGAAGAGGCUGGCCAUCCUUGCAGGGUUUGCAUUCUUCACAGGUGUUGGUCUUGGGCCUACAAUGGAUUUUGUCAUUGCCGUUAAUCCAAGCAUCAUUGUGACUGCCUUCUUGGGAACAUCCAUCAUCUUUUUGUGCUUCACACUUAGUGCUCUAUAUGCCCAGCGCAGGAGCUACAUCUUUUUGGGAGGAACACUCAUGUCUGGACUGAUCAUCAUGCUCCUCUUGUCCCUGGCUAAUCUCUUUGUAGGAUCAGUGAUGCUUUUUAAGGUUCACAUGUACUUGGGGCUGGCUGUGAUGUGCGGAUUUGUGCUUUUCGAUACUCAGCUCAUCAUUGAGAAGGCAGAGAUGGGAGAUAAAGACUAUAUCUGGCACUGUGUGGACCUCUUUCUUGACUUUGUCACCAUCUUCAGGAAGCUUAUGGUCAUCCUGGCCAUGAAUGAAAAGGACAAGAAGAAGGAGAAGAAGUAGGUGGGGACAACCCCCUUCUUACCCCCCACGUCCAAUUAAAACAAUUUGUGACAAAGAAUAUUUUCUGAAGCACUUUUGGUGCUGACACCCCCACCUCCACAUAAUAAUUGAGUUUGUUUGUAAUUGCUCUUAUUUAGUAUCUUCAUUUUCAGAUCUGUAGGAUCUUGGUUUUGCAAAAAGGCUGGUAAUUUAUGUUCUGUAAUGUUGAUACAGCGCUGAUUUAAAAGCCUCUCCAGUUGGUAAAGUGGGGACACAUUGGGACAGAGCAGUGCUUCUGGGCCUCCUCUACUGCUUUUUGAGACUGACUGAUGGGUUUUCUGAGUACUCCGUUGCUGCCCUCCUCUGCUGGACAAGUCACUUCUCUUUGGCUCCACUGCUCAUGGCACCCAGUCUCUCACUUUAGAUAUCCCUACUCUCUAAAUUGUUUGUAAAACUUUAUUUGCCUUUUGUCAUGUAGACACCUGUAUUUUAUGCCACUUGUGGUAUCAGGUAUCAAUUUAAUUUUUAAAUUAUUCGUAAAUAUGGUUAAAAAAAUUCUGUGCUUUGAAACAAAUGACCGUGUUUGUGGUAGUACGUGGGUCGAUGUGCGCACACACACGUGUCAAGGGAGGUGUGUAGAAAAAUAAUGACGUUUGGUUUGUUGACAAGCGUCCAUCGCGAGUGCAGUGUAAACUGGGGAAAGCAAAAAGGAAACUUAGAGGAGUGACUCAUCCACAGCUUCAUCAUCAGUGAACUUUUUGGCUUUGAGUUGAACCCAGCAGGCUUGUCCCUUUUCAUUUUUCAGUCCAACCACUGCUUUGUGUGAGGGUUGUAAUUGUUUUCAUGGUACAUGUUGCAUAAGGAGUGGUUGCGUUGUUAGCUGUGCUAUUGAGAUGGCCGUGUGUAAUUAGUGGGCUUGCUGCAGUGUGUGAAGUGUACUGUAUUUACCAGAAUUGCCCCCCCCCCCCCUUCUGUUUUUUUGCACCCUAUCUUAAAACAGUACGUAGAUGAGGGCAUCCAGAGACUAAGGGGUCACGUGUUGUGUAGAGAAGACACAGGUUGUCACCUGUCAGCGAGGCUCCUCAUGUCCUAAUGUGGACAUGUGUAUUCUGUUACCGACUCAUUCGAACCCUCCUCACCAGACUGUGCUGCAGAAGAGGUCUACUGUGGCUAGUGAGGUGUAAUAACACCACAUUUUCUCAGGGGGAAAGUGUCUUCUGCACCUCUCUUCUUGCCAUGUAGCCAUUGAACAUAAAUGUAAGACUAGUAAGGCCAGAACAGAGUGGUGUGAUUGCUGAGCUGUAGCCAAAACAGAUUCCCUUUGCUUUUAGAACUCCUUAUGAGUUUUAGCCACUCCCGUUUGUACUACUGCUUUCAGUUUGUAGUCACGGGACACUGAAAUCAUGGUACCGUCCUUGGUAUCUUGUUUAUGCCAACACAAAGGUUCGUAAUAGAGGGUUAGUUCUCCGUCCGUUCUGUGCCUGUUAACGGUAGACUUUAACAUCCCCCUUCUGCCCUCGAAACAUCACCAUCUCUUGGCAGGCUGUUUAGAGAGAACUUGCUGAACGGAGUCUCCUCUUUGCUCGCUUGCUUG